UCCCCAGCUCACGAGAGGCGCUCAGAGGAGAACAGAAAGUCGCGGCUCCUCUGCGCGGGAUGCCUUUCGCCAAGCGGAUCGUGGAGCCGCAGUGGCUGUGCCGGCAGCGGCGCCCGGCGCCCGGCCCAGACGAGGAUGAGAGUGGAGGCAGCGCCGAGCCGCCGCCGCCCCUGCAGCCGCCUGGCCGGCGGGAGGAGGCCGAGCUGCCGGGGCCAAAGGAACCUCCCCGAGCGCCGCCUGCGCCUCUCGGGCUGCCGCCACCUCCGCCGCCGGUACUUGUGCCGGCUGACCAGGCUCAGCAGCCUCAGGGCGAAGCGCCUGCGGCCGGCGAGGAGAGCGCGGCGGGGGUCCCGGAGGAGGCGUCCACAGCUGGUGAGGCUUCCACCGCGGCAGCGGCGGCUGUGCUGCUCAUGCUGGACCUGUGCGCAGUCAGCAACGCUGCGCUGGCCCGCGUCCUCCGGCAGCUCUCGGACGUGGCCCGGCACGCGUGCAGCCUCUUCCAGGAGCUCGAGAGCGACAUCCAGCUUACCCACCGCCGUGUCUGGGCACUGCAGGGCAAGCUCGGCGGCGUGCAGCGCAUCCUCGGCACCCUGGACCCCAAGCAGGAGGCAGUGCCCGUCUCCAACCUGGACAUUGAGAGUAAGCUGAGCGUGUACUACCGCGCACCUUGGCACCAGCAGCGAAACAUCUUCCUCCCGGCCACCCGGCCCCCAUGUGUGGAGGAGCUGCACCGCCACGCCCGGCAGAGCCUGCAAGCCCUGCGCAGAGAACACCGGAGCCGAAGUGAUCGCCGAGAGCAGAGAGCUGCUGUCCCUCUUUCCAUCGCUGCUCCACCACUGCCAGCCUACCCUCCAGCUCACAGCCAGAGGAGGCGCGAGGUGAAGGACCGCCACUUCCUAACGUUUAACAGCACCCGUUCGCCCUCCCCCACUGAGUGUUGCCACAUGGCCCCAUGGAGUAGAAAGUCCCACCCCCCAGAGGACGAAGAUACAGAUGUCAUGUUAGGGCAGAGGCCGAAAAACCCAAUACACAAUAUCCCCUCUACACUGGACAAGCAGACCAACUGGAGCAAAGCGCUACCUCUCCCAACGCCAGAGGAGAAGAUGAAACAAGAUGCCCAAGUGAUUUCUUCUUGCAUUAUUCCCAUCAAUGUCACUGGAGUUGGUUUUGACAGAGAGGCUAGUAUACGCUGCUCUCUUGUUCAUUCACAAUCUGUACUACAGCGGAGACGAAAAUUGAGGAGGAGGAAAACCAUCUCGGGUAUCCCUAGAAGAGUUCAACAAGAAAUAGAUUCUGAUGAAUCACCAGUGGCCAGGGAAAGGAAUGUGAUUGUGCACACAAACCCAGAUCCCUCCAACACUGUCAACAGGAGGUCCGGAACCAGAGACUCUGAGUGCCAAACUGAGGAUAUUCUAAUUGCUGCCCCAUCCAGAAGGAGAAUCAGGGCUCAAAGGGGUCAAAGCAUUGCAGCUUCCCUUUCUCAUUCUGCUGGCAACAUUUCUGCGCUGGCAGACAAAGGUGACACCAUGUUUACUCCUACAGUGAGCAGCCGUACAAGAUCUCGGAGCCUUCCUCGGGAAGGUAAUAGAGGUGGAGAUGCUGAACCCAAAGUUGGUGCUAAACCCUCAACAUAUGAAGAGGAAGAGCCUUUCGUGGGCGACCAUGAAAGAACCCCUAAUGACUGCAGCGAAGCUCCGAGCAGCCCAAGUACACAGGAACACCAGCCUGCUUUGGGCCUGGCCUGUUCUCAGCAUCUUCACAGCCCCCAGCACAAGUUAAGUGAGAGGGGAAGGUCACGUCUGUCCCGAAUGGCUGCUGACUCUGGCAGCUGUGACAUCUCCUCCAACUCAGACACCUUUGGGAGCCCUAUCCACUGCAUCUCCACGGCUGGGGUCCUCCUCAGCAGCCACAUGGACCAGAAGGAUGACCACCAGUCAUCCAGUGGGAACUGGAGUGGGAGCAGCUCCACAUGCCCCUCACAGACCUCAGAAACAAUCCCUCCUGCAGCUUCUCCUCCCCUCACUGGCUCUUCACACUGUGACUCAGAGUUGUCAUUAAACACAGCCCCUCAUGCUAACGAGGACACCAGUGUCUUUGUGACAGAGCAGUACAAUGACCAUUUGGAUAAAGUGAGAGGCCACCGGGCAAACUCCUUUACCUCCACUGUUGCAGAUCUGCUGGAUGACCCUAGCAAUAGCAACACAAGUGACAGUGAGUGGAAUUACCUGCACCACCAUCAUGAUGCCUCCUGCCACCAAGAUUUUAGUCCUGAGCGUCCGAAGGCAGAUAGCCUGGGCUGCCCAAGCUUCACAAGCAUGGCCACUUAUGACAGUUUUCUGGAAAAGUCUCCAUCGGACAAAGCAGAUACCAGCUCUCACUUUUCAGUAGACACAGAAGGAUACUAUACCUCCAUGCAUUUUGACUGUGGGCUCAAAGGUAAUAAGAGCUAUGUCUGUCAUUAUGCAGCCAUGGGUCCAGAAAACAGCCAGGGCAUCGGUCCUGGUCUUCCAGACUGUGCCUGGCAGGACUACUUAGAUCACAGGAGGCAAGGGAGACCAAGCAUCUCUUUCAGGAAACCAAAGGCAAAGCCUACCCCACCUAAACGUAGCUCAUCGUUGAGGAAGUCCGAUGGAAAUGCAGAUGUUCCUGAGAAGAAAGAACCAAAAAUAAGCAGUGGUCAGCACCUGCCUCACAGUUCCAGGGAAAUGAAGUUGCCUCUUGAUUUCUCCAACACGCCUUCUCGAAUGGAAAAUGUCAAUCUUCCGACCAAGCAGGAACCUUCUUGGGUGAACCAGAGCGAACAUGGAAUGAAGGAACCUCAGUUAGACACCUCAGAUAUUCCACCAUUCAAAGAUGAAGGUGCUGAAUCAACUCACUAUGCAGACCUCUGGCUUCUAAAUGACUUGAAAACAAAUGAUCCUUAUAGAUCCUUAUCUAAUUCAAGCACUGCUACGGGUACCACAGUUAUCGAGUGCAUCAAAUCUCCAGAGAGCUCUGAAUCCCAAACAUCACAGUCAGAAUCAAGAGCCACCACCCCAUCUCUUCCUUCUGUUGACAAUGAAUUUAAACUGGCAUCACCAGAAAAGCUGGCUGGCUUGGCUUCUCCGUCAAGUGGCUAUUCAAGCCAGUCUGAAACACCAACAUCCUCUUUCCCUACAGCCUUCUUUUCAGGUCCAUUGUCUCCUGGAGGUAGCAAAAGAAAACCUAAAGUCCCAGAAAGGAAAUCCUCACUCCAGCAACCCUCUUUAAAAGAUGGAACCCUCUCACUGAGUAAAGACCUUGAACUUCCAAUUAUACCUCCUACUCAUCUUGACCUAAGUGCUCUUCAUAAUGUCUUGAAUAAACCAUUCCACCACCGUCACCCAUUGCAUGUUUUUACUCAUAAUAAGCAAAACACAGUAGGAGAAAUGCUGAGGUCAAAUCCUCCACCGUCCCUUGCAAUUACACCGACAGUCCUGAAAUCUGUUAACCUUAGGUCCAUCAGUAAGUCUGAAGAAGUUAAGCAAAAAGAAGGCAACAAUACAGAUCUCCCCUACUUAGAGGAAAGUGCUCUCACAAUGGCUGCCUUAUCUCCAGGUAAGAUCAGGCCACAUAUGGCGAAGAAAUCAGUAUCACGGCAGUACUCUGCUGAAGAUAGCAUACUGUCCUUUUUAGAUUCUUCUGCGGUUGAGAUGGGACCAGAUAAACUACAUUUGGAUAAGAACCCUCCUUUCGAUGGGAAGAAUCACUGCAAUCCAGAAACUGUGACCUCAGCUGGUAGCAAUCUUCUAGAUUCAAAUGUCAUGAAAGACCAAAUAGAGAUGGAGAGUGAGCCUAUUCCAGAAAACAUACCAACUAAAAACUGUGGGGUUUCCACAGAAGGAUUUCAAAGGGUGUCUGCUGCCCGCCCAAAUGGCUUGGACAGCAAAAUAAUACAGUAUGGAGCUGGUCCAGAUGGAGCGCUAGAACAGAAGCCAUCCUCUGAAGAUCAGGAGGAAGGUGCACAACCUAUGGAUGUAAUCGCAUCUCAGUCCAACUCACCAACUAGAACAAUGGACAUAAGCAACCAACUUAAGCAUCAACUUGUUAUGAGCCACCACCACGACAAAGUGCCUGGGACUAUCCGCUAUGAAUCAGAGAUAUCAACUGUAAAUUCAUUUCCUGAAAAAUGUUUUGAGCAGGAAAAUAUUGCUUCAGGUAUUUCACCCAAAAGUGCCUCUGAUAACAGCAGAGCAGAGGAGACCCAAGGAAAUGUGGAUGAGGCUUCACUGAAAGAAUCAUCACCGAGUGAUGACUCCGUCAUCUCACCACUUAGUGAAGACUCUCAAGCUGAAGCAGAGGGUGUGUUUGUAUCUCCAAACAAACCUCGAACAACUGAGGAUUUAUUCGCUGUCAUUCACAGAUCCAAGAGGAAAGUACUUGGAAGAAAAGAUUCUGGGGACAUGUCUGUUCGAAGCAAAUCGAGAGUUCCCCUUGGCAGCAGUAGCAGCGGGGCCAGUUCUGUGACUUCUCCCAGCAGCAGCGUGACAACUGCAAACAGCCAGAGGUCUCCUGGUCUCAUCUACCGCAAUGCCAAAAAGUCCAACACAUCCAACGAAGAGUUUAAGCUGCUACUCCUCAAGAAAGGCAGUCGCUCUGAUUCCAGUUACCGCAUGUCUGCCACUGAGAUCCUGAAGAGUCCCAUCCUGCCCAAACCUCCUGGGGAACUCACAGUGGAGUCCCCCCAAAGCACCGAUGAUGCCCAUCAGGGAUCCCCUGGGGCCGAGGCAUUGUCCCCACUCUCCCCGUGCUCCCCGAGAGUCAACGCGGAAGGAUUUGCCUCGAAGAACUUUGCCACCUCAGCAUCAGCCAGGGUCGGACGUUCCCGGGCGCCCCCUGUAGCCAGCAGCAGCCGCUACAGUGUCCGCUGCCGGCUGUACAACACGCCCAUGCAGGCCAUCUCCGAGGGAGAGACGGAAAACUCCGACGGGAGCCCGCACGACGACCGCUCCUCCCAGAGCUCCACAUAGGCCGCCUAUGUCAGGCUGCCCCCCAACGCCCAAA